GCUUGCCCUUUCAAGCUCACCGCCGACAUCGCCGACAUGUCUAGUCGGGUUGAUCUGCGGAUAUUUGUCGGACGCGAUAGACACACGCGCCCGCCAACUCGCACUCAUACUUUCGCAGGCUAAACGAAGCUGCCUUAUUUCGUGUAACUGCUCGCAGCCAUGACCUCCUCUUUGCCCGGCACGCGCGAUCUCCCGAGCUCCCAGUACGACCUGACCACCUACUGGGGCCGCGUGCAGCAUGCUGCUACCAUUUCAGAUCCGAGAACCCUUCUCACAUCCUCAACCGGGCUCGAGAAUGCCAAACAGCUCGUCACCGCGUAUAAGACGGGCAAGACCCAGGAGAUGACGCCUGAGCUGUGGAAUGCGAAGAAGAUCAUCGACUCGACAAUACACCCUGACACGGGCGAGCCGGUUCUCCUGCCGUUCCGCAUGUCGUGUUUCGUACUAUCCAACUUGGUCGUCACAGGUGGCAUGCUCACACCCAAUCUCACGACAGCAGGAACACUCGGCUGGCAGGUGGCUAACCAGUCGCUCAACGUUGCCAUCAACUACUCCAACGCGAACAAGGCCACGCCGCUCUCCACUGCAACAAUCGCCAAAUCAUACUUCCUCGCUGUUAGCGCUUCGUGCGGUGUCGCAUACGGGCUGAAUGCUACGGUCCCACGUCUGAAGAGUCUCUCACCCAAUGCAAAGCUCAUCGCGGGCCGCCUCGUUCCCUUCGCCGCUGUCGCCUUUGCUGGUGUACUGAACGUCUUCUUGAUGCGCGGCGAAGAAAUCAAGCACGGCAUACCCAUCUUCCCCGUCUUGACCGAAGAAGAAAAGAAGCGCGUGGAGACAGGAGAUUUGGAGGUCAAGCCCCUUGGCAAGAGCAAGAAGGCCGCUACGAUUGCAGUAGGAGAGACGGCUGUCAGUCGUGUGCUCAAUGCGACACCAAUCAUGGUUCUGCCACCGCUGAUCUUGGUCAAGCUGCAAAAGACGGAAUGGCUGAAGCAGAGGCCGAGGAUGACUACGCCGAUCAACUUGGGGCUGAUUUUCGCGACAAGCAUUUUCGCGCUGCCGCUGGCUCUGGGUGCAUUCCCGCAGAGAGAGAGCGUGAGUGCGACCUCAUUGGAGCCAGAAUUUCACGCACGGGGUGGCAAAGACGGCAAGGUUGAAUUCAACCGUGGAAUCUGAGCAUAGGGCUUUCGCACUAGAAGUUUCAGAACACCGGUACUGGGGCAAGUAGUUGCGGCAAGAUCAAGCGGGUAUCAUGUUCUAUAAAGCUCAUGUCGAGGUAUCUCAGAAGAAAUGGGCCUUGCCCAGCUGCGGCGAAGCGAGACCACCGAUUGGUCAGAGGGGUUCGAGGGCACGAAGGAAGCAACGGGUGCCAGCAGACGUGAAUAGAUCAGAACAGAUAGGCUGCAGAGUGUUUUAAGCACCGGCAGCUACAGCAAUCUAAGCUGGACAAGCAUGGAUCUAAUUUGCUUCUGCGACUCGUGAGGGUUGGCACUUGGCCGCUGUCAAUGUGGCCUUUCACUCACG